AUUUAUAUACUACUCCUAAUACUAUUAUAUGCUAUGCUUGUAUUCAAAUCAUCUUUGAUGAACUGUAUCAAUGGCGAUUGAAUAAAGAAUAGGCAUAAAUAAAGCCCCGAAACCAAGGGAGUGAGAGUGUGACACCCUUUCUUCUGCGCCACUCUGCACUUUGUUUUGCUUUCUCUCUCUCACAGAGAACACACAUUGGUCACUCCCUCUCUCUAAUAGAGGAAACCAGAGAAGAGUUUUCAACUUUUCAUCUCUCUAUUUCUAUUUCUAUUUCUAUUUCUAUUUCUAUUUCUAUUUCAUUUCAACAUGAGUAAAGAAGAGUUCUUGAAGAUCCAGACUUGUGUGCUCAAAGUCAAUAUUCACUGUGAUGGGUGUAAGCACAAAGUGAAGAAAAUCCUCCAGAAAAUCGAUGGCGUUUACACCACCAACAUAGAUUCCGAGCAGGGGAAAGUUACCGUUUCCGGCAAUGUCGACGCCGCCACUCUCAUCAAGAAGCUUACCAAAAAUGGAAAGCAUGCCGAAAUCUGGGGCGCCCCCAAGCCCACCAACAACAACAAUCCGCCCAAGAAUGACAAUGCCAAAGCUGCUGCUAAGAAGGCUCAGCCUCCGCCGCCGCAGAAGGGUGCCGGUGGAGGGAACAAUCAGGUGAAAGGAGGCGGCGGGAUGACGCCGCAGAUGCUGCAGCAGCUGCAGCAGAUGAAAGCGUUGCAAGAUCUGAAGAUGGGGCCGCAGUUUAUGAAGGAUGUGAAGCCGCCGGCGUUGGGCGCCGGCCAAAAUCAGAAGGGGAUGAAGCUGCCGGAGGAGGGGCUCAGUGAUGGUGAGUUCGAUGACGAUGACUACGAUGAUGAUGAUUAUGAUGAGGAGGAUGAUGAUGAGGAGUUUGAGGAUGAUCUGGAUGAUGGCCCUCCGCCGCCGGCGAAGAUGAAGCAGCCGCCGCCGAUGAUGAUGCCCAACAUGAUGACUCCGCAGCAGCAGAUGAUUAUGAUGAAGGCCGCCGCGGCUGCCGCCAAUGCCAAGAAAGAAGGCGGAGGAGGAAGCGGUGGCGGCGGUGCUGGGAAUAUCCCAAUGCAAAUGAUGAAUCUUGGUGGUGGUGGUGGAGGAGGAAAGAAAGGUGGUGGUGGGAAUGGAAAUGGUGGGAAUCAAGGUGGUGGUGGUGGUGGGAAGGGUGGGAAAAACGGUGGCGGGCAGCCGCAAAUGGGGGGCGGGAACAAGAAUGGUGGCGGCGGAGGUGGUGGUGGGGCUGGAAAUGUCAACAAUUUCAUGGCAAAUGGGGCCAAGAAAGGGGCAGGAGGGGGUGGAAUGAAUGAUGGGGGUCAUGGCAUGCCACCAUCAAACAUGAUGAUGCCCAUCAAUGGUGCUGCUGCUAAUGUUGGCCAUAUGCCCAAAUUGCCCCCAAUGGGGAACCAAGCCGGCUUUUCGGGCCUCCCGCCGAUGAACGGCAGCCCUCUCGGCUACUUUGCGGGCGGAGGUCCCGGGCCGGAUCAAAUGGCGGGAAACCCUUACUAUCAGCAGCAACAACAGCAACAACAACAGCAACAAAUGGCGACAAUGAUGAUGAACCAGCAACGCGCCGCGGGGAAUGAGAGGUUUCAGCCAAUGAUGUACGCCCGCUCACCUCCCGCGGUAAACUACAUGCCGUCGUACCCACCCUACCCUUACCCACCGCCUCCUGGCGAGCGGGCUGAUCAAUACUCGAUGUUCAGCGAUGAGAACACCAACAGCUGCACGAUCAUGUGAGCCGGCGCGAGUCCGGCCCAAAUGGCCGGAGUCCGGCGGGUGGUGAGGUUUGAUUUCAUAGGCAUGGAUGAUGAUGAUGAUGGUGGUGAUGACUUGAUAUGCCAUGCCAUAGUAUACCUUCAAAUGGUUUUUUUAUAUUUUUACUUUCAUUUUAAUUUAUAUUUCCCCCCUUAUGAAUCCCUAAUUUUAGAUUAGUGUUUCAUGAUAGGAAGUUUAUGUCAUAGAAAAUAAUAUUAUAAUAUUAAAAUCCCCUUAGACAUUGAGAUGUAUGGCUGUUUUGAUGAUGGAGAUGUUUAUAUCAAUGUUUAUAUCUUCAGACACUGAAAUAAAAUCGUAGAGAAAUGGGGUUUUAA